CAACAGUGUCACUUUCAAGCUUCAACUUUUCAUUUUUGUUUUAUUUCACAUUUUUAUCAGUUCUUACUAUUGAAACAGCUGUUCUUGUGUUUAUUGGCCAUAAAAGUGUUCCUAUGUUUAACAACAAAAUAUUAAAGUAGGGUUUUUGUUAAUAAUAAAUGAAAGACUAUCGAAAUGGCAGCAAUAUUAGGCGGUGGUCUAGGAGGGCUCUCCACGGGUUAUUAUUUGUUGAAAAAUAAUGCAAACAACUCGAAUAAACUUAAAAUUUUUCUCUUCGAAGCUACAAAUCAAUGCGGAGGAUGGAUAAAAAGUAUUCGCACUAAAGAUUACUUAUUUGAACAAGGCCCAAGAACCAUUCGCCCGAAAGGCAUCACGGGUCUUAAUACUCUAAAUAUGAUGCAAGAUUUAGGGCUCAGUGAACACAUAUCUCCGAUAAAACCAGAUCAUCCUGCUGCAAAAAACAGAAUGAUUUUUGCUAACAAUGCUUUGCAUCUUCUUCCGUCUAGCCUUAAAGGGGUGUUCCAAAAAAAUGAACCAUUUUCAAAACCCCUUAUUUAUGCAGUAUUUAAUGACUUAAAACAACCUCAAAAAGAAUUGAAAGACGACUCCAUUUACAAUUUUGUUGAUCGCCGAUUUGGUAGAGAAAUAGCAGACUAUGCAAUAUCCCCAAUGAUAUGUGGCAUAUGUGCUGGUGAUGCUAAGGAAAUAUCUGUAAAAUUCUUAAUGAAAACAUUGUUUGAGUAUGAACAAAACUAUGGUGGGGUAAUGAAGGGUUUAAUGAAAUCAAUGUUCAAAACAAAAAUACCUGACAAUAUAGAGUUAACUGAACUAGCUAAAACAGCAAAAGAAGAAAAGUGGAGUGUGUAUACUAUACGUGGGGGCCUUGAAAUAUUCCCAAUCACACUCAAAACCUAUUUACAAGAUAGCAAUGUAAACAUGCAAUUUAAUACUAAUGUUAAGGAAAUAGAAUUUGUUGACUCAAGUUUGGUAAAGCUUAAACAAAGUAAUGGGGAAGUCAUUUCAGCUAAUCAUGUUUAUUCUACCAUACCAGCUCAUAUUUUAUCUAGAUUAGUUGAACGGCAACAUCCUGACCUAUCUAAGGACUUAAGUGAUAUACCAUUUGUAACUGUAGGCAUAGUUAAUCUAUAUUUUUCAACAAAUAAACCACUCAUAACUCCAGCUUUUGGGUUCUUGAUACCACCAAUUGAGAAUUCACCUAUAUUAGGUGUUGUGUUUGACUCUUGCUGUAUUCCUGAUCAAAAUGGGACAGUCUUAACAGUAAUGCUGGGUGGAAGAUGGUUUAAAGAGAAGUUUGGUGAAAAUGUAAAAAAGGAUAGUCUUCUAAAUAUUGCAAUGAAAGAAAUAAAAUCAAUUUUGAAGAUUGACGAUGAUCCAGCAGCUUUUAAUGUUAAUAUACUCCAUAAAUGUAUCCCGCAAUAUGUGGUUGGUCAUUAUGAACGAGUAGACAAAAUAAGGCAAUAUAUAAGUGAAAAGAAUUUGCCUAUUUCUUUAAUUGGCAGUAGUUAUGAUGGUGUAGGUGUAAACGAUGUUAUUUAUUCUGCAAAAUCUCAAGUAGAACAGGAUUGUACAAAAACUUAGUAUAUAUGAAAAAGUCAAGACUGCAUUUAUACACAAAUAUAUUAUUUUAGUUAUUUUCAAAUGGGAUAUUUUGGUGCAAUAAUAAUGUUUAUGUUAUUGAGAUGCCAUAUUAUGUUUUACCUGAUUAAUGAAUUUACUGUGAUGGUUUGUGCAAUACAAUUAUAAUUUAAUUGUUAAA